CCUCUGACGUCGGAAUGCGUUCAAAGUUUUGUUUUGUUCACCUCCGGCAGGGGUUUCAACUGAAAACCCCAUCAAGUGUGUAUGUGUUUUAAUUCACCCGUUUCACAGUUUAUCAGAUUACAAGGGAAAUGUUAACGAAGAAAAAAGAUCCAAAAACCUGGAAUUCCAAUGGAACAACGACAGGGAAAUACUUGAAGAAAGAGGCGCCUUCGGAUGUACCAAUCAUAAAUGUCUGGACCUCGACGAGAACUGUUGACGCUUUGAAAAGCAAGUCCCAGGCAGCCAAAAAGCUGAGUGGUUCAACUCAAAGCCUGGAAGUCGUGUCCAAUAUUAAACAUGGUGGUAAACAGCAAAUUCAGGCUGGCUACGAAGGGAGAUACAUUCCUGCAAGUGAAGUAAAAGCUGAGCAGCAGCAGCAGCAGCAGCAAAGUCAUUUGUCUGUCUCCUGUGAUGAGGCCUAUGCUGAUUACGCCGAGGUAUCAGAGAGUGAUUCACUCUCACUGGCAAGAGGUCUGGGCCUUGAAGGGCAUGUUCUGACGAAACCAGGGUCUGAGCCGUUUCCACCUGUUGCCAACUCUCCUUUAUGCCACCAAAAUCCCCAGGCCAAUCCACUGAAACUUGUUCUGGUUGACCCCGACUCCCAGCUAAGCUCCAUGCAGGCAGCUGAACAACAACAACAGCAACACAUUUAUCCGCUUUACCUGUCGGCUUCGGCACGUGAACAGCAACAGCAAUUGUUGGUGUUGCAACAACAGUUGGCCCAAUUGAGGCUUAGUGUCCAGCAACAUCAACAACAGCAACAACUUCACCAACAACACUCACCCACCUAUGCCAACAUCCCGCUUUUACUUUCUAGUAGCGUCAGCGCAUCGCAGUCGUCUCUGGCCAGUAACAGCAGCUCCCAACAGCAGCAGGAAAAUCCUGUUUAUCAGAACCUAAGUAAAUCGACGAAUGCAGGAGCAACAGGUGCAGCAGCGGCACCACCGACGUCGACCAACACGAGUCAAGAUAGUGGCUCAGAAGAAUUUCCCCUGCCACCUGGUUGGUCCAUAGAUUACACCUUGCGUGGACGAAAGUACUACAUCGAUCAUAACACGCAGACGACGCAUUGGUCUCAUCCGCUGGAGAAAGAAGGCUUACCCACUGGUUGGGAACGAGUUGAAUCGAGUGAAUUUGGCAUUUAUUACGUGAAUCACACGACUCGCCACGCUCAGUAUGAACAUCCUUGUGCUCCUCGUUACAUCACGUCGGGGUCCUCGUCUUUGGCUGAUGCGCAGAUGCGGCCGUCAAGACCGAUGCCUCCAGCCCCACGUCACACUGAAUUUCACGCACCCCCACAAGUGUUGGUGCCAGCCAAUCCGUACCUUUACGAAGAGAUACCAUACUGGCUCCAGUUCUAUUCUCGUGCGGCACCUGAACACGAUCACAAGUUGCGUUGGGAGCUGUUCCGGCUGCCGGAACUCGAUUGCUACGACAAUGUUCUCAAACGGUUGUACAAACAAGAGCUGGAGACGAUUGUCAUGAAUUACGAAGCUUACCGAUCCGCAAUGGCACGUGAACUUGAACGGAGAAGAGCUGAAGGUCACAGCAGACAUUUCCCUGGGCAUCAACGCCAACAACAACCACAACAAGCUGGGAUGUUGCACCAAGUGCCACAACAGCAGCCGUCUAGAAGUCAUCUGAAAGAAAAAGCUUUGGCUGGAGACCUUGAAACUAAAGUUUAAACGAAAUAAAAUAUAUUUUUACAGUGUCGUUGAUGUCUUUCGUGGUUCAAUAAAUAAAUUCUGAAGUAGGA